AUUAUUAUUAUUAUUAUGUCCUUAAUCGACGUUUCAGUCUGUGCCGCCAUUUCGGCAUUUUUGCAGAAAUUCAGCUGUAUCACUUUAAACUUUGUUCGUCUAGAUUAUUCCAGGCAAUAGCCCCUCCUUCCUUACAUUCUUCCGAAGAUCUGCCAUUUUCAGGACGGGUGAUCUGGAUAAAUAGACCUGGUGAACCAUGGCUCAGAAUCAGGUUAUCUUGCAGUUUCACUUUUCCACUUUUGGGGAGUCCAUGCUGCAGAAGAUGAACACAUUGCGCAGACAGAGUCGGUUCUGUGAUGUCACAGUACGGAUCAAUGAUUUGGAGGUGCUAGGUCAUAAGGUGGUGUUUGCAGCUGGGUCACCAUUUCUGAGGGACCAGUUUUUCCUUCAGGACUCUCGGGAGGUACAUAUCUCAAUACUGCAGGAUGCAGAGGUUGGGCACAGGCUUCUUCUCUCCUGCUACACAGGGACCCUGGAGUUCCCAGAGCUGGAGCUUGUGAAUUAUCUCACUGUAGCCAGUUUCCUACAGAUGGGCCACAUUGUGGAACAAUGCACUCAAGCCUUGGAUAAAUUCAUCAAGCCCCAUGUGGGAUUUGAAGUGCAGUCUACUAGACCCUCUUCACAUGAAAGUGGGCAGGAACCUCUCAGUGUGGAGACAGACAAUGAAGAGGAGGGCAAUGGCAAAGAUGAUGAUGAAGUGAUAAUUAAACGGUCUCCCCUUCCUAGACAGAUUAGAGAUCAGGUUCAUGGGGAAGAGAGCUCCAUCACCAUAGUGAAGGUAGAAUCUGUGUGUGACAAAGUGUCUGAAACGGGUAACAGCCUGCAAGGCCAGUUCUCCAGUCCAGGUCAGGCUGUCUCAAUGCAUUCCCCUGAGCCACAGCACUCACUCAUCAACUCCACAGUGGACACCCGGUCAGGUGAAAUGCCUGUAUUGCCCUUGCAGGGGUACACAUUUAACCCUACAGCCCCUCUUCCAGGGAAAAGCACCCUUGGGGGACAUUUGAGGAGUACAGAUAAGGGCCUGCAGUGGUAUCACCAGUGCCCAAAGUGUGCCCGGGUCUUCCGCCAGUUGGAGAACUAUGCCAACCACCUCAAGAUGCACAAGCUCUUCAUGUGCCUUCUAUGUGGCAAGACUUUCACACAGAAGGGCAACUUGCACCGGCACAUGCGUGUCCAUGCUGGAAUCAAGCCCUUCCAGUGCAAGAUCUGUGGGAAAACUUUUACCCAGAAGUGCUCUCUGCUAGAUCACCUCAAUCUGCACAGUGGAGACAAGCCCCACCGCUGUAAUUACUGUGACAUGGUGUUUGCUCAUAAACCUGUCCUCCGAAAACAUCUCAAACAAAUUCAUGGCAAGAACAGCUUUGAUAAUGCCAAGGAGCGCAGCCUACUUGAGGGCACCAAUGACUUUGAGUAAGGGCUCCAGGACUGCAGUAAGCCUGUUGUAAUGGAGGAUAAAACGUAGUUCAGGGUUUGACUAUGAUGGCACACUUACCAGCUUUGGUAAAUUGUUCUAAUUAUUAAUUUUAAUUGUAUUGGUGUAUGUUUAAUUUAUCGUCAGUUCCAAAGAGAGAUAAUUAGAUUAUUGUCUAGUGUUGUUUGAAUUUAAACCUUAUAAAAUAAAUAUUAAGACUUUUCACACAGACAUGGACAUAUGGCUUAUUUGAUUUUUCCUAGAAUGACAGAAACAUGAACAGCAGAAUAGAAGCCAUCAUGUGAUGUUUUGGAGGAAAAGUCCAUUUGCUAAUUUAUCUGAUAAUAUUGUACAAAUGCUUCUGGAGCCAAUCAUUAUUUUUAAUACAAUGAAUUUCUGAACAUGCUGAAAUCUUUAAAUUUCCCCCUCAUUAUGUCUUGUAAAUUGUCAUUUAAAUGAAUGUGCACUUAUUUGUACAAAAGCAUAUUUGUGAACAGCCUACAUAUUUUCCCUUUUGUAGAAAUACCUCGUACUUCGUAUAUGAAAACCAAAAAUAUGUUACCAGUUUCCGUGUCUAUUGUAAAAUUUGCUCGUGAAAUGUUGAAUCUGCAUGUGUGCAUUCAGUGACAUAUGUCAACAAACAUUGCCCCUUUUAUUUUUUGAUUUUGAGACUUUUCUCACACAGUUUGUGCAGUCCAGUUCACACACAAAUAGCUGGCUGUCUAAUUCUUCUCUGGUUGAGGUGGUGCUCAACCUAGGACUAGUAUAUGGCAGCGGUGAGAGACCAAAGACACAGGUUGGUAACUAAUGUUAGUUUAGUUUUAUGCAGCUAACUGCUGUGAGGUGAUGUGACCUUUCUAGUUAGCUAAAGUACCCAUCGGCCAGCUAACAACCUGCAGUUCAUAAGAUUCUUAUUGUUUCUCUUUCAUAAAUAAUGGAUUUGUGAUGAUCAUAUAAGAAUAGUUAACUUCAUUUAUACCACAUUCUUCUCAGAUGGUAAGAUGAGAAACACAGUUACAAGUUACAUUAAAUAAUUUAGGAAACAUUGAGUAGAAUUGCUUUGGAAUAGCGCUUGUUUAAUUUGUGUGAUGUUUGUUGUAACUUGGCCUUAUUUUGACAGCAGGCCUAUAUUUUACAGGUUUUAAUGAAAGGCUUGUAGUCAGUGCUUUGUAUGCGUGAGUAUCUUUUUGUACAUUUAAAAUGUGUUUUGGUUGAGAAUUUAUUUUUCUACUGUGUGUAACUGAUAAUAAUAAUGCAUAUAAAUGAAUCAUAAGAUAAUUACAUCUGGAGAAAGAUAUGCAUACACAUACACAGCCUACAAGUUAAACUGUAGCCUAUAACUGUUAGUUGGGGUUUGGGUAACUUAUAGCAGUAGCUUAGGUGGGUGAAUUUCAUGAUCGGUGACUGCAAAGACAAUGAUAACGCUGUUAUAAAUAUAGUUUCCCCCCAUUAUUAUGCCCUGAAGUGACCUUUUUUAAAAAAUGCUUUUAGAGAAGUAAUUCUCUACUUGCACUAAAGUUGUUAGCAAAUAGUGUGGACUGACAUAGUUUUCAAGCAGAAUGUCCAGUUUUCAAAUCAUUUGUACAUGUCAGGCUUUGUGGUCCUGACCAGACAAUAUAAUGGGUAAUUUAUGGAGUAAAUUUAUUGGUAGUUUGUAAUGAAUUGGCAUGUCUGUGACUGGUUUAAUUAAGCUGUGGAACUAAGUAGCCAGCCAGCUGUAUGAAAUAAACAAAUGUGGAAAGUUAGCCGGCUACACCAUGUUUUGGUUAACAGUAGUGUAACGACUUGCAAAUUGAAGUCUGAGCUUUUAUAGCCUACCUUGUAAUGUUAGUCAUGCAGCUAUCGGAGUCAUACAAUGAUAUUAUGUGGGGUUUGUGCGUGAAAUAAUAAAGAAUGCAUUUAGAUGAAAUAUGAGUUUCCCACAAAGAUUAAUUUCAUUUUUGGGCAAUUAUUAUUAGCUAGCAAGCAAGCUAGCUUCAAUUCCACAGAGAACCAAGAUGGCAACCACAACGUUUGUACAACGUUGAAAACCUGUGUAUUAGUGUUCUGUAAUUGGCUACUUUGAUCAGAUUUUGUAAUUCGAAGAUUCAGCUAAAUGUCCAAUGGGAAGAAUUAUUUAUUUUGGUGCUGGACCAUUUGUGACAGGAGACCAGGUGUUUUCCGUGAAGCUCAUAAACUCCAGUGGUUACUCAAGGUAUUGCAGUUUAAUAAGCCUCUGGUGCCAAAAAGCUAAUUUCCCUAUUAAAGUCCAUUCAAAAAUAUGAAUUCACCCUGGGCAAAUCAAAUUAUUUUGGACAGUCCUUUUAAGCUGUAAGAUAUCUUCACAUUGAGUCCCACAGAAGAAAAUAUAAGAUUAAUUGAAUUCCAAUUUGGUCCGCAUGGUUUUACGUCACAGUGCACGCAACUGCUUAAACGUGCACACCCGCGCAUGAAGGAGUAUGAGACAAUAAUUGACUCAUCAAUACUGAAAAGGGUUGAACUGAGCGCUGCACAGAACCCCUGUAUCAGAAUACGUAGAACAUUAAAUCUUGACCUAGGAUUACAUGAAUCCACCGCCGUUACUGUUUUGAUUAUAUUGUUAUUUUGAUAUUAUUACUAUUAAUAUUACUAAUAAUAGUUACCUGCCAUAACUGUCUUGUGCCCAUUUUUCAUGGUGAUCAGUCGUGAUGAAUAAAUAAAUGAUUAGUAAUAAAGCUGGAAUAUGUUGCUUAAA